AUGGCCCUGGGUGAAGAAGAAGCAGAGGUGGAAGCAUCUGUAGGCACCAAGGCCGUGUCCUACAGGAGAUGUAGCUGUGGGGAGCCAGAGGGGGAUACCCCAGAGCCUGUGAGCAGGGAGCAGCCCCACUGCCUGGAAGUGGCGGGAGGACCCAUCUCCCCUGUGUGGGGGGCAGAGAAGCCCCCUGCCCCUGCCUGCACCUCUGGAGCCAACAGAGAGCUGGUGGCUGAUGGUCCUGAGCCUGCCCCUCGUUGCCUGCAUCCUCCUGCCAGCGCGGGGACUGGAGACUUUUUGCACUCUGUGGGAAGCCAGAUGGAGGAAUCCAAGCUUUCUACCUCUGGGGAGCUACCUCAGACUCUUACUCUUCCCAGGACUACAGCUCUUUGCUCAGGACACAAUGCUGACACCGAAGAGAAUCCAUCCCCAGAUGAUUUGCCUCAGGUGCUGGACCUCAGCCAGCAGCCUCACAGCUCAGGGUUCCCUUUCCCAUCCCAGCAGAAGGCCAUGGUGAGCCAAGGUGCCACUGUUCCUCAGCUUUCCAGCUGCAACAACUCAGCCUCCUCUAUGGGCAGCAGUUUUCAGAGUCAACAGGAGAAAGUGGAGACCCAGAAUUGCUCCCUUGCCAAGGCCACCUCCUCCCAGAAGCUGGUUGUUCCCCAGGAACGGAAUCCCUCUGUGGUGGGACUAGGGCCUCAGUUCAAGUGGUCACCACAGCCUGUGGUCUCAGGGGGUGAUGCUCCUGGGCUAGGCCAGCGGCGCCUCUCCUUCCAGGCUGAGUACUGGGCCUGCGUGCUGCCGGACUCCCUGCCUCCCUCACCUGAUCGCCAGUCCCCUCUCUGGAAUCCAAAUAAAGAGUAUGAAGACCUGCUUGACUAUACUUACCCACUGAGGCCUGGGCCUCAGCUCCCAAAGCACCUUGAUAGCCGAGUGCUGACUGACCCUGUCCUGCAGGACUCAGGUGUAGACCUGGAUAGCUUCUCUAUCUCCCCAGCAAGCACCCUCAAAUCACCCACUAAUGUCUCCCCCAGUUGCCUACCAGCAGAGGUCACUGCGCUGCCAUUUUCUGGGUCGAGAGAGCCAAGCAUUAAGUGGUGGCCCUCUGGUGUACCCCAGAAGCAGGGCAGCAUGGGCUUGGCAUCUUGUAGCCAGCUCACAUCUACCCCCAGAGCCCCAGGCAGUAGGGAUGCUCCUUGGGAGAGCAGAGUGCCAGCCCUGAAGGGAAAGGACUGGUCAUACAUGGGCAAGAACCUUGAGGUGGGUUCUCCCCAGCAGAGGAAACAGGACAGCGGGUGGCCCUCAUCUAGGACAGAGAACCAGAAGGCCAGCCAGGGUAACUGGCAUCCUGCUUAUGCAGAGUCUAGAUGGAAAGCAGAAGAGGAAGUGGAGAGUGAUGACGAGUACCUCGCCCUGCCCGCUCGGCUCACGCAGGUUUCUAGUUUGUUUUCAUACCUGGGUUCUGUUCCCACCUUGGUUACCCUGCCUACCCGGGCUGCCAAAGGGCAGAGCUCCCUGGAAGUGUCAGACAGUGAUGGGCCAGCUUCCUUCCCGUCUGACUCCAGCCAAAGCCAGCUUCCCCCUGCGGCUGCACUGCGAAGGCCUGGUGAAACUGAGGGACAGAACCACUGUUUCCUGCGCUCCAUCAUCCGUGCCCGGGACUCUGCAGAGGAAGGGAGUCUGGUGAGCAGCCAGGCCCUUGGGGUCACCUCUGGACUAUUGAAAACACACCCCUCCUUGCCAGCUAUGUUGGACCGGUGGUCAUUCUCAGACCCAAGCGCUGAAGGGCAGCUUCCCAGGAAAGGUGGCGAGCAGGGAAAAGAGUCGCUGGUGCAGUGUGUGAAGACAUUUUGCUGUCAGCUGGAAGAGCUAAUCCGCUGGCUGUAUAAUGUUGCAGAUAUUACUGACCACAAGACUCUGCCCAGAUCCAAUCUCACGGGUCUCAAGUCUUCUCUGCAGCUUUACCGGCAAUUUAAGAAAGAUAUAGAUGAACAUCAGUCCCUGACGGAAAGCGUCCUACAGAAGGGAGAGAUUCUUCUUCAGUGCCUGUUGGAUAAUACCCCAGCUUUAAAGGAUGUCCUUGGGAGGAUUGCAAAGCAGUCUGAUGAGCUGGAGAGCCAUGCAGAUCGCCUAUAUGACUCUAUCUUGGCAUCUCUGGACAUGUUGGCUGGUUGUACCCUUAUGCCUGACAAAAAGCCCAUGGCAGCAGAGGAGCGCUCAUGUGAAGGGGUUUAACCUGGCAUUUCCUUAGGCAGAGAUGUGAGCCAAAUGCUGGGUGAAGAGAAAAACUUUCAAGAAGUCCUUGCAAGAACCAUUCAACACUGAAGUCAAAGGAGAAACUUAACUCUAAUAUACUAGCUUUAAAAUACCAUUCCUUAAAUGAGGGCUAUUGAGUUACAUUUUCAUUUACAAUGAAUCCUUCCACACUAAGGUUUUCCUUUCGGUGCUUCUCUACAAA